UGAAGACAAAGUUAGGCCUUGACAAAAGCGCUCAAGCAAGCCAUUCCACCAUUGACGGGUCUAAAGGCGGAGUGUUCAUCCACCAACAGAAUUCAGCCAAUUCACGCCUGCAAAACUGCAACAACCUUCCAAACAAAACCCAAUUCCCAAUUUCCAACCAAAAGCUUCUUUGUGAAUCCCAUCUCUGCUUUCUUCUUCUCCUCCUCCAGUUCCAAACCCCAGCCGCCAUUGCCACCAGCUUUACAUAGAAAAAAGAAAAGCUUAGCUUCUCUGUAUAGCUGUGGCAAUGGCGGUCUGGAGGCUGCAGAAUUUGAGAUGGGUCACCAUCAUUUUGGCCGUAGCCAACGCUUUUGUCUUCUUUCUUGGUGGGUUUCUCGUCUUUGGGGCUUACCGUUCUUGUGGUCCCAAGUUCGUCCUGCCCUUAGCCGUUGUGUCGUGUUUGGCUGGCUUCAAAAUCGCCACCAUGGUUCAGAGUGCAAUUGCCCAAGCAGCCACUGCAAGGACUGUUCUGGAGACUAAUGCUGAUGGCACUAACGUUUUCGACUCUGUUCUCCGCAAUGAAAGACGGAUCAGGUACAUAAAAUGGCUUUGGUGGGCUCGGUUUACAAUUGUUAUGACAGUGCUGCAAUUUGUUGGUGCAAUUUACCUUGUGAUCCACAUAGCUAACUGUAUCUCUAAUGGUGGAGAAUCAGGUCAUUGUGAUAAAGUACAAGACAGCAGUGAUUGGAAGCAACAUUUACUGGUUUUAUUUACGACCAUGGUAUGCUCUGUUGCACUACUACAGUGUUGCACAGGACCUCAUGUUCUGAGAUGGAGAUCUUAUUACGCAACCAAAGAUGAUGCAUGGAAAGCACACUACAGUGAGGUAUUCGAUCAUGGAAUUCGUGAGGCUUUGUGCUGUCUGGGACGUGUUAAAUACUUGAGUGUCUUGGAGGAAGAUGAAGUUUUUUCAGUAGCCAGACUACUGGGUGAUCUUGUUGCGUACCGUGCAUCAGGCACUGGAAAUUUGGAACUCUUGGCAGGUCUAGCCUUACUGCUGAAGCAGACGCAGCCUCCAAAAACCCUUGACGAGUGUUUAGAGGCACCUGUAGAACAGAUUCGAGAGGCUGCAGCUCUUCAUAAAUUUGCAGAAGCUGCCUACACGGGACCAUUACUUGAUCUUGGAAGAAAUCCCUUUAUAUUUCCUUGUGUGUGGCUCUAUAGGCAGGGGGUGUUGACGCCCUGGAUGCGUAAAAGACGGCCUGUACUUCAUGGUGAUAACUGGUGGAGGGGUCAUGCAGCGGCCUUUUUAAAAUUUGUUAAAUUAUCCCCAGAUGUACUACGACAAGGGCGUGUUAACCAGGGUAAGUGUGAAGCUGCCUACUUUGUUUUAGUUCUACAUCAUCUAAGGUCUGUAGUAAUUGCUGUGCGGGGGACUGAGACACCUGAAGAUCUGAUAACUGAUGGUUUAUGUAAGGAAUGCAGUCUUUCUACAGAGGACUUGGAAGGGCUGAUAAAUAGUAGUCAUAUCCCCCUUGAUUUGAGGCAAUACUUGGUCUCAUCUUUUCCACACUAUGGGCACUCAGGUAUUGUUGAGACUGCACGUGACCUUUUCAAACAAAUUGAAGGAAAUACAACUAAUGAUGAGUCUGAUUCAAGAGGUAUCCUUUCUUCCUUGCUGAGUCCUGGGUGUGAGUGUGAGGGAUAUGGUAUUCGUAUAGUGGGACAUUCGCUUGGAGGUGCUAUUGCUGCAUUGCUGGGAAUGAGACUAUACAAUCGUUACCCAAAUUUGCAUGUCUAUGCAUACGGGCCUCUUCCAUGUGUGAAUUUGGUUGUAGCAAACGCAUGCUCUAAAUUUAUUACGAGCAUUGUAUUCAACAAUGAAUUUUCAGCGCGCCUUUCAGUUAGGUCAGUCCUGCAGCUUCGAGCAGAUGCUAUCACAGCACUUUCAAAAGAUUCAAUAACUGAUAAAGCCGCAAUUUUUAGGCUUGCACAUCGUUUUCUACAUGUAAGUAAGUAUCAGCGGAAUGAGAUGGGUGUAAUGCAUCCAGCUUCUGAUGAUUCUGCUGGGACCAUUAAAUCCGAAAAUCUCAAUGAAAGUGAGAAUGAUUCUAAAGAAAGCGAGGAACAGGAUCAGAAAUUCGACCUGUGGAAUGCAAGUGACGGAGAGGAUAUUCUUACUGAAACUGAUCCAAAUGAAUUCCUGAACCCUUUUGCUACAGAAGUCAAUGCAUUGGGUGAUUCCAUGUCUCAGUUUAUGGAAACUGUCCCAUCUGUAAACUUAUCAUCCGGGGAUCCUCCAGAGUUGUAUUUGCCAGGUCUUGUAAUUCAUAUGGUUCCGCAACCAAGAAGUGUCCAUAAGUCUCUACAGAAUGGCUGUGGAUUUCGAGCGAGGGAACGAUGUCAUAAAGCUUACAUUGCAGAUAGAGAAAGCUUCAAAGACAUUAUUGUGUCUCCAUCGAUGUUUCUUGACCAUCUCCCUUGGAGAUGCCAGAAUGCAAUGGAAAUGGUAUUGGAAGAUUGGAAUGCAAAGGGUUUACUGAAUGACUCUCAGAUUGUUGAUGUGUAUUAAGGCCGGUUUCUAACAGGUUAAAUUUGAUCUUACCCUAGAAUGCACUGAUGCUUCUUGCCAUUAUUGGCGAUAGUGCUACAUGUCAGAUCUUAAUCUAAUGGAAUAAAUGAAGGAUGCUUAACAAGAUUAA